AUGUCCAGUCGAGUACUAUAUGUAUUACAGAAGUUUGCAAAGUUUAUAGGGCCUGGGAUCAUGGUCAGUGUCGCAUAUAUGGACCCAGGUAACUAUGCAACGAGUGUUUCAGGUGGUGCGCAGUAUAAGUACCAACUACUGUUCUCGGUUUUCAUCUCCAACAUAUUUGCUGUCCUACUACAGUGUCUAUGUGUGAAGCUGGGAACGGUGACGGGCCACGACUUGGCCGAAAACUGUAGAUUGCACUUACCAAAAGGUGUGAAUCUGACGUUAUAUCUCUUUGCUGAGAUAGCUAUCAUUGCUACAGAUUUGGCAGAGGUUGUAGGGACUGCUGUUGCUUUACAGAUUCUGUUUGGCAUUCCUCUGACUUGGGGUGUGAUACUAACUGUUUUCGACGUUCUUAUAAUCUUGAUCUUCUACAAACCGGAAUUCCAAAGUAUGAAAAAAGUAAGGGCCUUCGAGUUCUUUGUCGGAGCGCUGGUCGCAGGGACCUGUGCUUGCUUCCUAUUGGAACUGUUUAAGAUAUCAGUCCCAAAUAAAGGUGAACUGUUCAAGGGGUUUCUUCCAUCGAAAGUGAUCUUCGAAGAAAAACAGGCGUUGUACAUCUCUUUAGGGAUUCUGGGUGCCACAGUGAUGCCACAUUCACUGUACUUAGGAUCAUCCAUUGUGAAACCAAGGUUAGACGAUUAUGAUAAGAAGCGAUACGGUAGGGUAGAACACCGUCCCAGUAUAAAAGCGAUUAAAUAUUCGUUAAACUACUCGUACGCGGAACUGAUCAUAUCGUUGUUUCUAAUUGCCACGUUUGUGAACUCUGCCAUCUUGAUAGUUUCUGGUGCUACUUUGGCAGGUCAACCGGAGGCCGAGGACGCGGACCUGUUGUCUAUCUACGAGCUACUAGUUCACUACAUCUCUCCAGCUGCAGGUAUGAUUUUUGCUCUCGCCAUGCUUUUCUCAGGUCAAUCCGCAGGUAUUAUUUGCACUAUUGCUGGUCAGAUUGUGUCUGAAGGGUUUUUACAGUGGUCCUUACCACCAUGGGCCACAAGGUUGUCCACAAGAUUGAUAUCCAUCGCGCCAUGUCUAUUUAUCACCAUGUUUAUGGGUGAAAGAGGGAUUUCGAAAAUCCUGAAUUUAUCUCAAGUGGUGCUUUCCCUGAUUUUACCAAUUGUUUCCGCUCCCUUGAUCUACUUCACGGCUUGUAACAAGCUGAUGACCGUUCCUCAUGACACUCAUGGCAUCAGUGAGGAGCAAAGGGUAGCGGACGAACAAACUCCGUUAACUUUCAACCGCAAGACAACUACAGAUUUCACAAACAGUUCCUUGCUAACGUGGUCGUCCAUUUUGGUUUGGGCCACCAUCGGUAGUUUGAACCUGUAUCUGGUAGGGUCCUUCUUGAUGGGCGCUGAUGUACAUUUCUGA